AUGCCGGAAGAUUCGCAGAAGGUUCUCCUGGACGGCAUGGGUCAGGCGCUCGUGUCGUCCGGCAUGUGGCCGUGUAACAUCUUCGGCGGCGUUAAGUCGUGUGUCGCGGUGCCUUCUAACGGAGCGUUCAUGCAGCAGUGCGCGAAUGUCGCGAAGUCGGAAGUGGACUGCGCUUAUAACCGCGAGACGCUGAGUGACAUUAACGAGGAUCCGAACGUGAUUAUGAAGGAGAAGCUCGAAGAAGCAGGAUUCGAGCCGUGUCCCGCAUGUCUAGAUGCUGUGCAUCGCUUCUGGUGCGGGCAGACUACCCCCACGUGUGGCACCUUCGCUAAAGUCGUUGACGAGAUUCUGCCUGAAAUGAGGCAAGUCAGUGCGGGCAAAUUAAAGCCAGACGAGUUGGUUCAGUCAGCCCUGCCCCGCAUGCUCCAAGCCUUUUCUCUCGGGCUGCCCUGCCGCAAAAUGUGCGAGGCAGUUACCGCCACCUGCAGCUGCGGCCGCCCGGCCACGUUCGGGCAGAUGAUGAAAGUUUUGAAGCUGAAGCGCAUGCAGCAGCAGGCGGAGGGGGAGGGGGCAGCGAGCAGGCCCCUGGCAGAGAACAAAGAUUUGAUUCCGUUUGGGUUCAGUACGAACAUGUCGUUGGCAACUGCUGUGAAGAUCUUCAAAGGCGUGUGGGACCGACCCGUCUGCGACUUGUUUGCCCCGCAUGACGCCCCCGGCUUCCAGGGCGUGUGUGAGACGUGGUGGGCGGGCGCUGACAAGAACCAGACGUCGUGCCGUUGGUGCGAGUCGAAGCAGCGGCCAGAGGACAUGGACGAGCAGAUCGUGGCUCAGAUUGCCCAGUCCGUAUCCAGCAUGAUGCAGUCGAAGCAGCGGCCAGAGGACAUGGACGAGCAGAUUGUGGCUCAGAUCGCCCAACCCUUAUCCAGCAUGGUGCAGGUGGGUUGGGGUUUGCUGGUGCGGGCAGGGGAGGAGAGGAGGGAACCUGCUUAUGCUGACGUGGCUCAGAUCGCCCAGUCCGUAUCCAGCACGAUGCAGGUGCUUGCUGGUGUGAGCAGUGGGGGAGAGAAGCAGAGAAGGGCACGUGCUUGUGCUGUAAGUUGUGGUGUGUCGCUGGUGCGAGCAAGGACAGGGAUGGGCAGAUAUGUGGUUGGUGCGGUGCUGUCGGCGCUGUCGGCGCUGUCGCCCUAUUCUCCCUUUCAUCUUGCAACUCCUGUUCCUUUCCUCGCACACGCCCCCCCGCAGGCUGCCGACGCUGCCGAAGCAGCAGCAGUGGAGCACACAGAGGAGGAGGUGGAGCAGGAGGAGCAGAAAAGCUUCGACUGGCAGGACGAUCAAACUGGCCUACCUGCUGCCGAGCCUGUCGAGCUACCCCCUGACACUGUUCCUCCCGAGCUUAUCGACCCUACCGCCGAACCUGGCCCCAAGAAUGCCGCCGAACCGGGUGCCAAGGCUGCACCCGAGCCUAGUUCGGAUGGGCCGGGGUAUUUUAGAGAAGCAGCCCCGGGGGACUGGGAAGCUGAAGACGUGGAGCCAAGAGUAGCCAUGGCUGUCAGCAUGGGAGCGCGCGUGCUGUCGCUGGUUCUUCUAAUCCACCUGACCAUAUCUUCAACGGCUCAACCCAUCCCCGUGCCACGAGUCACUGACGGCCCGGCAGCACUAGUGGGAGGCGCCGCCAGCUCAGCACAGUCUGCGAUUGGUGGCGCCGGGAUCCCAGUCCAGAACCCGAUCGGGGGCGCCGCGAGCGCGGCUCAGAGCGCAAUCGGCGGCGUCAGUGGCGCGGCUCAGGGCGUGAUUGGCUCUGCAACCACCGCAGCACAGACCACGGCCAGCAAUCUUGUGAGGACCGUUGGUGGCGCUCUGAACGGAGUUCAAAACACCAUCGGUGGCGCAGUGAACGGGGUUCAAACCACCGCUGGCGGCGCCGUCAGCACACUUCAAAACAUCGCUGGUGACGCCCUGAACGGGGUUCAGACCACAGCUAGCAGCGCGCUCAACGCCGUUCAGAGCACUGCUGGGGCCGCGCUGAAUGGAGUGCAGGGCGCCGCUGCGGGAGCGACGGAUGCAGCUCAGCGCACCCUAGGAUCUGCCCUCAACGCAGUUCAGACUGUCGCCCAGGACCCGAUUGGAGCUAUCCAGAGCACUGCUGGGAACGCACUCAACGCAGUUCAGAGCACGGCCGGGGGAGCUGUCGGUGCGGUUCAAACCGCCGCUGGGGGCGCUCUGGGGGCGGUUCAAGGGACUGUUGCCGGGCUGACGAAUGCAAUUACUGGCACUGCUCAGCAGCUCGCUACCACCGGCCCCGUUAACGCUAUGAGAAACGCUGCCGGCACGGCUGCAAGCAACGUGGGGAGCGCUUUGAGCGGGCCUAUCGGGGCUGUGCAGGGAGUGGCUGGUGCGGCUGCGGGCAAUGUUGCGAGUGCGUUGCGCGGGCCUGCGACUGCUGCUGUGAGCGCUCUGAGCGGGCCUGCAGGGGCGCUGCAGGGAGUGUUGGUGCGUCAGGGAGGUGUGUUGAGCCGCCCGCUUGAAAGCGUUCAGGGAGCAGUCGCUGGUGUUGCUGGUGCAGUGCAGAAUGCUGCCGGGGGAGUGCAGCAAACGCUGAGCCGCCCGGUUGAGAGCAUUCAGGGGGCAGUUGCUGGUGUUGCUGGGGGCGUGCAGAAUGCGGUUGGGGGAGUGCAGAGCACACUCGGCAAUGUGGGAAACGGUGUGCAGAGCACCCUUGGGAAUGUCGCUGGGGGCGUGCAGAGCACCCUUGGGAAUGUCGCUGGGGGCGUGCAGAGCACACUGGGGAAUGCUGCUGCUGGUGUUCAGAGCACAGUGGGCAAUGUCGCUGGAGGGGUGCAGCAAACUCUGGGGAGCGGCGCUGCUGGUGUGCAGGGCACUCUGAGUAACGCCGCUGGCACUGCUGCUGUGGGUGCUGGUGCGGGCGUGAGUGCUGGCACUGUUGCUGUCCCCGUGGCAGCGCGCUUGUCAGCAGAGAGUGAGCCUGGGAGGAGGCUGCAGGACAGCCCGGCAGCUACAGGCAGCACAGCAGCUGGUGCUGAAUCAACCAUCACAACCCCCAGUGGCCCCACUUCCACCGGUGUCCCCACUCCCCUCCCCAUCCCCACCACCACCCCCACCACCCCCACUCCCACCACUCCCACCACUCCCACCACUCCCAACCCCACCACCCCCACCACUGCUGUUGCUGCUGUCACCGGUCCGCUUAGUGGGGUGCAGCAGGCACUCUCAGGCGCAGCCUCCACCCUUCAAGGCAUUGCGUCUGGCGCCGCCUCUACCCUGCAGGGCGUUGCGGGGUCCGCCACCCAGCAGAUCACAUCUGCCACCCAGUCCCUCCCCAGCGCCGUCCAGUCCCUCCCCAGCGCCAUCCAGGGCGCAGCUGCGGGUGCUGCGGGCGGCGUGCAGAGCACACUGGGUAACGUCGCUAGCGGUGUGCAGCAAACUCUGGGCAGUGUGGCCAGCAGUGCGCAGCAGAAUCUGGGCAACGCUGCUGGUGCUGUGCAGAGCACCCUUGGGAAUGUCGCUGGGGGAGUGCAGCAGACGCUGAGCAAUCCGACUGGAUCCAUCCAGGGCGCAGCUGCUGGUGCUGCUCGUGGCAUGCGGAACAUUGCUGUGGGUGUGCAGAGCACACUUGGAAAUGUGGCAGGCGGAGUGCAGCAAACGCUGGGCAGUGUGGUUGGCGACGCACAGAGCACACUUGGGAAUGUCGCAGGGGGAGUGCAGCAGACGUUGAGCAAUCCACUUGGGUCCAUCCAGGGCGCAGCUGCUGGUGUCGCUGGUGGGAUGCAGAAUGCAGCUCGCACUGUGCAGAGCACUCUGGGCAAUGUCGCUGGCGGCUUGCAGCAAACUCUGGGGAGCGCUGCUGCCGGUGUGCAGGGGACUCUGGGUAGCGCCGCAGGCACUGCUGCCACUACUGUGGGCGCAGGUUCGGGUGCUGUUGCUCCUGGUACAAUUCCUGUGGCAGCAGCAAGUGAGCAGCAAGGAAGGAGGCUGCAGGACAGACCGGCAGCAGCAGGCAAUGGCCCCACUUCCUCCGCUACCCCCACUCCCCUCCCCAUCCCCACCACCACCACCCCUACUCCUACCACCCCCACUCCCACCACUCCCACCACCCCCAUCCCAACCACCAACCCCACUACUCCCUCCGCCCCCACCAUCACCCCUGCUGCUGGCACCAGUGCCGGCCCACUGGGUGCAGUGGAGCAGGCUGUAUCUGGUGCAGCCUCCACCCUUCAAGGCGUUGCCUCCGGCGCUGCCUCUACCCUGCAGGGCGUUGCCGGGUCUGCCGCCCAGCAGAUCACUUCUGCCGCCCAGCAGAUCACUUCUGCCGCCCAGUCCCUCCCCGGUGCCAUCCAGUCUCUCCCUGGUGCCGUCCAGGGCGCAGCUGCUGAUGCUGCGGGCGGCGUGCAGAGCACUCUGGGGACCGUCGCUAGCAGUGUGCAGCAAACUCUGGGCAAUGUGGCAGGGGGAGUGCAGCAGACGCUGAGCAAUCCGGUCGGGUCACUCCAGGGCGCAGCUGCUGGUGCUCUUCGCGGGGUGCAAAACGCCGAUGCAAACGUGCAGAGAACUCUCGGCAACGUUGCUGGGGGAGUGCAGCAGACUCUGGGUAAUGCCGCCGGGGGCGUGGCUGAUGUGGCGCGUGCGGCAGGAGGGACUGUCUCUGGAGCUGCCACCGGUGCGCAGGCGGCACUCUCCGGUCAGCUCUCUUCAGCCCAGAACGCCCUGUCUGGCCCGAUUUCGACUGUUCAAAACGCACUGUCAGGGCCUCUUUCCACGGUGCAGGGGGCAGCAGCAGGGGCAGUGAGCGGCGUGCAGGGAGCGCUGUCAGUGCCUGCUGGCGCCAUCCAAAGCGCUGCCAGUGGCGUGCAGGGAGCAGUCCAGGGGGUUCAGGCCGUUGUGCAGGGAGCCAUGCAAGGGGCUCAGGGCGCCGUGCAAAGCGCUCCCUCUCUGCCCACAGCUGCCUCUCAGCUUCCUGCCGCUGCCGGCACUGCUGCUGCGGGUGCUGGUGCUGCUGCUACAGUCCCCGUGGCAGCACGCGCAUCAGUAGAGAGUGAGCCUAUUCAGCCUGGAAGGAGGCUGCAGGGCAGCCCUGCAGCAGCAGGCAACGCAGCUGGUAGUGCUGGCCUGACUGCUGCAACCCCCAAUGGUCCUACUUCCACCGUUACCCCCACUCCCCUCCCCAUCCCCACCACCACUACCCCAACUCCCACCACCCCCAUCCCCAUCACCACCCCCACCACUCCUACCACCCCCACACCCACCACACCCGCCACCACCGCUGCAGCUGCCACCGGUCCACUGGGUGCAGUGCAGCAGGCGCUCUCUGGCGCAGCUUCCACCCUUCAGGGCGUUGCCGGGUCUGCCGCCCAGCAGAUCACGUCUGCCGCCCAGUCGCUCACAGGCACCGUCCAGGGGGUAGCUGCUGGCGCUGCUGGCGGAGUGCAGAGCACACUAGGCAGGGUGGCUGGGGGAGUGCAGCAGACGCUGAGCAAUCCGGUUGGGUCAAUCCAGGGCGCAGCUGCUGGUGCUGCUGGGGGUGUGCAGACCGCCGCUGCCAAUCUGCAGAGCACACUGAACAAUGUGGUUAGCGGUGCGCAGCAGACGGUGGGCAGUAUCGCCGGGGGAGUGCAGCAGACUCUGGGUUAUGUUGCCACCGGUGCACAAGCAGCACUCUCCGGACAGCUCUCUGCAGCCCAGACCGCACUCUCAGGCCCGGUUUCCACUGUGCAGGGGGCACUAUCUGGACCACUUUCCACAGUUGAGAAUGCAGCAGCAGGAGCAGCGAGGGGCGUGCAGGGGGCGCUGUCUGUGCCUGCUGGGGCCAUUCAAGGGGUGGCUAGUGGCGUGCAAGGCACCCUGCAAGGAGCAGUGCAAGGGGCUCAGGGCGCUGUGCAAAUCGCUGUGCCACUGCCCACAGUUGCCUCUGCUGCCACUGGCACUGCUACCACUGGCACUGGCACCGUUACUGGUACAAAUGCUGGUGCUGGUGUUGCCACUACAGUUCCUGCGGCAGCACGCUCAGCAGCAGAGAGUGAGCCUGGGAGGAGGCUGCAGGACAGGCCAGCAGCAGCAGGCAGCACAGUUGGUAACGCUGGUUCAACCACCCCCACCACUCCCACCACCACCCCCACCACUCCCACCACCCCCACCACCGGCGCUGCUGCUGCUGCUGCUGCUGCUGGCAUCGGAACUGGCCCUUUAGGCCCCGUGCAACAAGCAGUCUCUGGAGCUGCAUCCGCCCUUCAAGGCAUGACCUCUGGCGCUCAGUCCCUUGCCUCCUCUGCCGUCCAGCAGAUCGCCUCCGCUGCCCAGUCCCUCCCCGGCGCCGCCCAGUCCGCCGCUCAGUCCAUCCCCGGCGCAAUCCAAUCCGCUGCCCAGUCCGCCACAGGGGCAAUCCAAUCUGCAGCAGGGUCGGCACAGGCAGCAGCGGGGGCCGCAGUGGGGGCAGCAACAGGGACUCUGAACCGGAUAGGGGAUGCACUCACACUGCCACUGCGCCAGGCUGUAACGGCUGUAGCCCAGCCUCUUGUGGGGGCAGCCCAGGUUGUAGCACAGCCGCUGGGGACGGCUGUAGCGAACGCUGUGCAGCCGGCUGUAGCGGCACUGCAGGCGGGGGUUCAGGGGGUUGGGGCAGGAGUUUCGGGGAUUGCUGGGGGAGUUGGAGGUGCGGUGCAGGCAGCAGGAGCAGGCGUGCAGAACGUAGGGAGAGGGGUGGUGGCAGGGGUGCAAAGCGCAGGGGCAGCAGUGGGGGAGAGGGUGCAGAGCCUUGGAGCAGCAGCAGCAGGGGGAGUGCAGAGCCUAGGAGGGAAUAUGACUGGGGCGGCAGCAGGGGCAGCAGAGGCUCUAGGCCGGACUGCUAGUGGUCUGGGAGCCGGGCUAGGGAACACCGCAGCUGGAAUUCAAGGGGGUAUUGGGCAGGCGCUGGGGGAAAUUACCGAGGCAAUUCAGGGCGGGCCUGGGAAUUUUGGGCAGGAGGUUGGGGAAAUUACCCAGGGAAUUCAGGGCGGGCCGGCGGUGCUGGGGGGAGUGCUGACCCGGGCGGCAGACUCGGUUACUGCGGCAGUGGGAGGGGCGGCAGGGGCGGCGGGGAACGCUGUGACUGUAGCGGUGGAUGCGGCUAGUGGCACGAUUCGAUACAGCAUUGAGGGGAUUGGGAAUGCUACGGAGCUGGUAUCUGCUGGGAUUUACCAGGCUGCUGGGACUGCAGGAGGAGCUGCCAGGUCAGCAGGAACCCAGGUGGUGAGCCUGUUCAACCGGGUCAACCCAGUCAACGCCCUGUCAGCAGCGGGCGGCACACUCACAGGCACAGUAGCCGCCACUCCCAGCGCCAUCGCCAGCCUGCUGCAGAACCCGGCAGGCUUUGUCCUGCAGGCCACAACCAGGGGAGGUGCAUCUGCUGCUGCUUCUGCUGGCAAUCAGGCUGCUAAUGGCUCUUCUGCUUCUGGUGGUGCUUCUGGGGCCACGGAGACUCGAGUGGCGCCGCUGAGUAUUCCUGCGCCUCUCAUCCCUUCAACCAUCAGCACCACUCCUCUUUCUGUUGCAGCCUCCGUGGCUCCUCUGCUGGGCGUUCGGCGUCAAGAAAUCACUCCAGCCACCACCAGCAACCCAUCAGUUGCUGCAAGGGAUCCAACUACCCUCACCUCCUCUCGCCCCGCCACCACCACCACUGCUACACCAAACCCCACCACCUCCCUUACCACCUCCACCCCCACCUCCACCACCAAUCCCUCGUCUGCCUUCUCUUCCUUUCCCUCGAUCCCCUCUUCCCUCCCUUCUUCCUUCCCAUCGUCCAUACCCUCUUCCCUCCCAUCAUCCCUCCCCUCCUCCGUCCCCUCCUCCACUCCCUCCUCCCUCUCAUCCACUCUUGCCAACCUCCCCACCAACACCCCCACUACCUUCCCCACCUCCAACCCCCUUCCCGCCAACACCCCUCUCCCUGGGGGCUCCUCCCAAUCCUCUUCCGCCCCUGGCAUGCUUCUGGGAGUUGCUGGUGAUGCGGUAACCAACGCUGCACUACAGCUGCUGAGGGGAAUCCAGGGGGCCAUGCCCGAGGCUGGAGGCUCUAGCAGUAGCAGCGGUGGCAACAGCGUUACCAGUGGUAACAUUGGGUUUCCCAGCGGCAAUACCGGGUUUCCUAGUGGUACAACUGGAGCUGCCUUCCCUGCAGCUUCUCAGGGAGGUUCUUCUGGGGGAGGCAUUGACUGGACUGCUGCGUUGCUGCUCCUGCAAACCCUUGUCCAGCAAGCAACAGGCGGUGGUGGUAACAGUGCGAGCCGUGGAAAUGGUGAUGGUGCAGUGGUGAAUGUGGAUUUGAACGCGUUGUUACCUGUUGCAGAAGCUCUGAUGGGGUUCGCAACAGGGGGUGCGGUAGGAGGGAAUGCAAACCAGCUGGACCUUGGGAUGCUGAUGAAUCUGGCUGGGGCCCUUGGUGGUGCCCUGUCCGGUAAUCCAUAA